GGGGGAAAACUUGCCCAACCAUGUCCUAUACUCGUCCGUCUCACAGCUUGACGCCAUCCCAGCAGACGGCAAGUACCUCGUCCAUCUGCACCACCUCCUUCACCUGGUUCCUUUUCACUUGUCCAUCGCCGAGCACCGGCUGCGGCUGAUACGCAAGGCCAUCGAACGGCUCAUGGCCAGAAACCCUCACGUGAUAGUCGUCUACCAAUCGGCGUUCACGGCAUUAGACAGAGAGAUCAGAAACAAGCACAAGAUGAGCGGUUUCGUCCUGAGGCUGCAGAAGGAGAUUCUCCGAGGGCUGGGAGACCGUGUGAUGUUUAUGUUCACCUGGCCGAUGACCAUUGCGGCCGAAAACACCGACGGACACCCGACCGUCUCCGACCAGUUUACGAAAUUUUACAUGGGUCACGUUUGUGGACGGUGGUGACUAGAUGUCUUGAUACAGUGAAAUUUUGUGUUUGUUGAAGUUUUGAGUUUGAGCAUUAGGCAAACAAGGGAAAUAAAUGAAGUACUGCUUUAUAGCUGUGUGAAGGAAAUAGAAGAACAAAGCGUAUGGAAACUUGAAUAAAAAGAUGGUGACAAAUGAAAAUACGACAACAGACAUACAUUUUUAAUAAUUUGUUUCUGUUUCUUGUCGUAUUUGCAUUCGCCCUGACUGCCAAACAAGGCUCUGAGUCCCAACGUUCUUAUCUGAUUGUCGCGUCUUUCGACUCAAGCUUCCACAUCAUCUUGUUCUAACAUUUUACUGAGAUGCAGAGCAGCUUUUGAUAUGCGAAUGAAAUUCUUUCUAGACGUUUUGACCUUCUGCUGGUGUGAUCCUUACUUAUUAAGUAUUGCUAAAAGCUGCUAGAAAUAUUAAACCGUUUUAAACUUCCUAAACUCGAUGCCUUGUGGUAACAAAAAAAAAAUGGUGUAGAAGUCUGCUCAGAGAAUCCAACAAGCACCAACAAAGUGAAUGAUUAAAGCACAACUUCUUUAGAAACAAAGUUAAUGUAAUGACUUUGAGAGAACAAAGAUUGUAACGAAGUUAAUAUCGAGUAAAACAGUUAUUAUCCAUGACAACUAAGUUCGUGUAAUGUUUCAUGUAUGUCAUUGAUAUGAUAGCUACGAAUUUGAAAAAAAAAAUUGUUUUGAAUUUUGAUUAAUAUUUUUACGAAAGGAAAUGUUCAACGGGAUUAAAGCGUGCAUUAUCCCACUUCGUCAAUAGACCAUAAAGUAUGGUUAAUCCACUGUUAAUCCACUGUUAAUCCACUGUUAAUCCACUGUUAAUCCACUGUUAAUCCAGGGAUUUAAGAUUGCCUUUAUGUACAUGCGAUUAUUCACAGAGAAUGAAGACAAUCUAAAUGCGUGACGUUAUCAAGGUCUGUAGUGAAUAGUUACGAUCGGUCUGUCAGGCACGGGUGACACAGAAAUGUUGCUAAAAAUAGUAUAAUGUUUUACUGUGUAAAAAUUAAUUGUUCC